AGUAGUGACGGCGUACAGAAUUGUGCCGGUGGACUAGAAUCUCCCGCCAUUUCGACAAGGAAUUAACCUCUUGAUUGAUCCAGGUUACUUUUUCCCCCCGUAACACUUCCUAACGCUCUUAUCUGAUAACGAGAAGCUCCGACAGUACGAACAUGCCGCGAAUACAGCUGAUCAAACGAGAACAGGCCUAGUUUGCAAAGACUUGUGACUGUAACAGCGCGCCAGACCUCCCGCUGAACUGAGCUUUGGCUGUUUGCCGCGAGUUUGAUUUCGGUGUGGUUCGCGUCCUUUCAUGUUCAUCUGGAGGAGGUAAAAGUUUCCCAACUAUACCGAGAGACGAGUCCGGCAACCUGUUCUACACCCAAGGGAUUGCGUACAAGCAGCAUGAGGCCGCUACAAGAGGAGAGGAGGAGGAUGCGAUGAAGCGGGCGGCAAGAAGCGCUCUGUUAUUGUUUUGCAACCAGAUAGCGAUCCAGCCUGCUAGCUAGCCAGCUAGCUGCUACACGUUGAGAGCCGGGCCUGCCGGCGGUAACGUGAGACGUGCUCAGAUAUUCCGGGACUCUUGGAUACAUGCUAAGGACAGACUAUUGUUUAUUAUUGUUCUAGUUUGUCGCCAGAAGGUUGAAUCUGAGCGUGGGCGUCCCGUGCCGUCUGUGGAUUUGAGAUGGCCCCGCUGUUAGGCCGGAAACCGUACCCACUGGCUAAGCCGCUAGCCGAGCCACCAGGCCCGGGAGAGGAGGUCUACAUCAUCGAGCACACCAACGAGGCCUUCAGGAACAAAGAAGAGUAUGAGGCUCGUGUACAGCGGUAUAAUGAGCGCAUCUGGACAUGCAAGAGCACUGGAAGCAGCCAGCUCACACACAAGGAAGCAUGGGAGGAGGAACAAGAAGUCACUGAACUGCUUCAGGAAGAGUAUCCACAGUGGUUUGAGAAACCGGUUCUGGAGAUGGUCCACCACAACACAGUGUCUUUAGACAAACUGGUUGAAAUGGCCUGGGUGGAAAUCCUCACCAAGUAUGCUGUGGAUGAAGAAUGCGACUUCCUGGUUGGGAAGGACAAAACUUUGCAAGUGAAGGUGGUAAAGAUCCAUCCCCUGGAAAACCCAGAGGGCGAGACAGCGGAGAAGAAGCUUGAAGGUGCCUGUGACUCUCCAUCCAGCGACAAGGAGAAUGCAAGUCAGGAGAACCAGAGGAAGGAACCUCCUCCCCGAGAGGAGGAGAACAGGAGAGAGAGUCUCAGUGACAGGGCACGACGUUCACCAAGGAAACUUCCCACUGCCAUGAAGGAAGAGAAGAAAAAAUGGGUGAUGCCCAAAUUCCUUCCUCACAAAUAUGACGUGAAGCUCAUCAAUGAGGAUAAGGUAAUCAGUGAUGUCCCAGCAGACAGUCUCUUCAGAACAGAGCGCCCUCCAACCAAGGAGAUCAUGCGCUAUUUCAUCCGGCACUAUGCUCUGAGGCUGGGAAUGGGAGAGAGUGCUCCCUGGGUGGUUGAAGAUGAACUGGUGAAAAAAUUUAACCUGCCCAGCAAAUUCAGUGACUUUCUUCUUGAUCCACACAAGUUUUUAGCAGAGAAUCCCUCGGCAAAGCGUAAGAGCUUGUCAUCACCAGAGGGUAAACCUAGCAAGAAGCUGAAGGCAUCUGAAACACCAGAUGAGGAUUCAGGAAAUGAGAAGGGAGAGAAGAAAAGGAAAAAGAAAAAAGACUCUUUGGGCAUGCCCCUUAGUCCGACCAUCUGGGGCCACAUGCAGAAAAUAAAAAUAAACGGCUCCCCACUCAAGGUAAAGAACUCGGGAACCCCAAAGAAAGGUGAUGGCAAAGGCUCGGCUCCCUCCACUCCAAAAUCAGGCAGAAAGUCUGGGGACAAGAAAGAAGGAAAGAAAAGUGGAAAGAGCAGUGACAAGAAGCUCAACAUCCUCAAAGCUUCUAAAAAGGACGGUAAAGCUGGUCCUAAGACACCUAAGAUGAAGCAGAUGACUCUGCUGCAUCUGGCUAAGAGCACCCCGGCUGGGAGCCCCAAGAAGAGAGCCCGUAGUACUGGCAUGGGUACGCCUAAACUGGGGAAGCCACUGCACCCUAUGGCUCUCCAUCUCCUUCGUUACUAUAAGGAGAACAAGGGCAAAGAGGACAAAAAGAACUCCCUUUCCUCUCUCAUCUCCAAGGCUGCAAAGACCCUGUCCCCAGACGAGCGGGGCAGGUUGCCGGAGGAGCUCAAAGAGCUGGUGCAGAAACGUUGGGAGCUACUGGAGCAAAAGAAGCGAUGGGCAGCCAUGAGUGAAGAAGAAAAGCAGGAAGAGAUGAAGAAAAGGCGUGAGGAACUCAAAGAGAAACUGCGAGAAAAGGCCAAGGAGAGACGUGAGAAGGAGAUGCUUGUCCGCCGCGAACAGUCACGCAGAUACGAGGACCAGGAGAUAGAAGGCGACAAGAGCCUGCCCACGUUCAAGCUUGUAGACAUGCCAGAGGGGUUGCCCAACACCCUGUUUGGUGACGUGGCUAUGGUCGUGGACUUUCUUCAGUGCUACGCAGGCCUGUUGAUGCCGGACGACCAGUAUCCCAUCACAGCAGCGGCUCUGAUGGAAGCGCUGGCCGGAGAACGGUCCGGUUUCCACUACCUGAACCGUGUGCUGGUGGUGUUGCUUCAGACGCUACUGCAAGAUGAGCUGGCAGAAGGAUACAGUGAGCUCGACAUGCCACUAUCCGAGAUCCCGCUUACCAUGCACUCGGUGUCGGAGCUGGCACGGUUGUGCCUGCGACCAUGUGACGCUCAUGGUGAGGAGAGCGGCCAGGACUCAGAGGACUCCGGAGGUUUGGGGGGCUUUGAUGAUGUGGUGACCAGCGAGUUCUUGGAUAAGCUUGACACAAUGGAGGUGUUCGAGCUGAGUCCUGAGGAGAAGGUCAACCUGCUUGUGGCACUGUGCCACCGCAUACUCAUGACGUACUCCGUUGAAGACCACGUUGAUGCAAGGCAGCAACGGUCAGCUGAGUUGUGGAAGGAGCGCCUGGCAAUGUUGAAAGAGGUCAAUGACCGCAAGAAGGCUGAGAGGAAGAUGCGAAAGGAGAUGGAGGUUAAAGGUGAGAAAAAAAAAGAGGGCGGCGCUAAGAAGGAGAUCAAAAAAGAAGUAAAGGUGGAACCAGAGCCGGAGCCAGAGGACAUGAUCAGCUCAGUGAAGAGCCGGCGGCUUAUGGCCAUGCAGGCAAAGAAGGAGAAGGAAGAGCUGGACAGACAGAACAAAGAGCGCAUGGAGAAGGAGGCUGAAGAGGAGCGGAUGCGUAAACAGAGGGCUGCUGCAGAAAGGGCCUUUCAGGAUGGUAUAACCAAAGCCAGACUUGUCAUGCGUAGAACCCCACUGGGUACCGACAGAAAUCACAACAGAUACUGGCUUUUCUCUGAUGUGGUUCCUGGUCUUUACAUUGAGAAAGGCUGGGUGCACGAGGGCAUCGACUACAGCUUCACUCCUCCACCUGAGGAAAAACCUGCUGAGCCUGAGGUAGAAGAGGAAGAGGAUGGUGUGUCCACCACUACUCAUGAUUCACAAGGAGCUGAAAAGGAUGAUGGCAGCAUAGAUGGUGCUAUUAGUGAGGGAGCCCAGCAGGGAGCAGUAGCAGACGUCUGUAUAGAAACUACUGUUCCCAAGCAGGGACAGAACCUUUGGUUCAUAUGUGACAACCCAGCUGAGCUGGACGAACUGGUAGAAAGUCUUCAUCCUCAGGGUGUUCGAGAGAGUGAACUGAGGGCGAAGAUACAAAGCAGAUACCAAGACAUCCUCCACUCCAUCCAUCUGACCCGUAAGGCCAGAAUGGGCCUCAGGACCUGUGAUGGCCAUUUAGAGCUACUCAACUACCUGCGCAGUGACAUCCAGGAGGUCGCCUCACGACUCCAUAAAGGAGGCCUUGGAUACCUGGAUGACGACAAAGACCUCAAAGAUGAGUUGAAAGACACGGAGAGCUUGAAAGACUUUGGCGAGUGCAUCAUCACCAUUCAGGCAUGUGUAAUUAAAAAGUUCCUGCAGGGAUUCAUGGCCCCCAAGCAGAAGAAGAAGAAAAAGCACGGAGGGGAAGAAAGCAGCAAGGCCGAAGAGGUGGACGAGGAGAAGAGGCUGGCGGAAGAGGCAAGGGUAGCGACAGCGGUAGAGAAGUGGAAGACUGCUAUUCGAGAGGCCCAGACCUUUUCCCGAAUGCAUGUCCUGCUGGGUAUGUUGGACGCCUGCAUAAAGUGGGACAUGUCUGCUGAGAACGCUCGCUGCAAAGUCUGUCGCAGGAAAGGUGACGAUGAGAAACUCAUCCUCUGCGAUGAGUGCAACAAGGCCUUCCACUUGUUCUGCCUGCGACCGGCACUUUACCGCAUUCCAGCUGGAGAGUGGCUUUGCCCGGCCUGCCAGCCCACUGUGGCCAGACGAGGCUCCCGCUCAAGGAACUACAACCAAGACACAGAUGAAGAAGAGGAUGAGGAGGAGUCUGAAGAGGAGGACUCUGAGGAAGAUGAAGAGGAUGAGGAAGAGAAUGACUAUAAAGCCAUGGGCCACAGCUUGAGACCAAGGAAGAAAAACAAGCAGUCCUCAUCCCGGCAGAAAAGUUCAAAAAGUAAAUCCAAGAAGCCGUCGUCGUCAAGUAGUCAGAGCAGCAAACCGAGGACUGGCCCCAACAGCCCUGCAGACAUUGAUGAACUGGUGCGACAGAGUUCCCAGUCAGGAGUGCGCAGGCAGGCGCUGGAGCUUGAGAGGUGUGAGGAGAUCCUCAAGAAACUGAUAAAGUUCCGCUACAGCUGGCCGUUCAGAGAGCCUGUUUCCCCGGAGGAGGCAGAGGACUACCUGGACAUCAUCUCCCAGCCCAUGGAUUUCCAGACGAUGCUCGGAAAGUUCAGCCAGGGCUCGUAUCGCCACGCCCAGGACUUCCUGGAAGACUUGAAACUGGUCUUCUCCAACGCAGAGGAGUACAACCAGCAGGGCAGCACCGUGCUCUCCUGCAUGGUCAAAACGGAGCAGACAUUUACCGAGCUGCUCCAAAAGCUGCUGCCUGGCCUCAGCUACCUCCGACGGCGCUCACGGAAACGCGUCAGCCAAGCCCCGGCAACAUCGGAGGAGGAGGGGGAAGAAGAUGAGGAAGAGGAGGAGGAUGAAGAUCAGGAAGAGGAAGAAGUACCGAAGAAGAAGAUGCAGAAUGGCAAAUCAAAUAGGAAGAGAGUCAGAAACGGUCGGGGGCGGAGGGAUGAGGAGAGCGAGAGUGAGGAGGAGGAGGAGGAGGAGGAGGAUGAUGAUGAUGGCAGGAGGAGAAGUAAGCGGACCUCUGCCACCUCAAGCAAGAAGGAUUACAGGGAGCAGGAUAGCGAUGGCGAGCGGGACACACGGAGAACUCGUCAGCGGGGGGGCCGGGGCGAUGCCGGGGGUGCGAGCAGCGACGAGGACCGGUCCAACCAGCAGCGACAUUCCAAGAGACAAAAACGCUCAUGAAGUCCAGGGUGCUCUUUCUUUUUUUUUUUUUUUUUUUUGGCGUCUCUUUUUUUGCUUUAAAUUUCUGUCCCGCUCUUCUACAAAUGAUGAAGAGCCCUCCGUCUCCUCCUCCUACAGCCAGCGGGACUUAAUCCUCAGAAGGACUUUUUUGUGUUAUUAAAUUUCUGUUCAUAUUUUGAAAAACGAAAAGAAAACUGAUUUAUAUUUGUAACAUGUUUAAUAUUGGUGAUGCUUUUUUUUUUUCAACCAAGAAAAAUUGAGAUAAUGGAGGGAUCCUCAUAGCUCUUAAGACUUUUGAAUUUCAGUUCCAAGUUGACAACCUCUCACACACAUACACAAGUGUAAUUCAAGUCAAAAUGUUGUCCUGUGAACUGCUUUGUUUCUACAUUUGCGCUCCACAAACACCAGUACAGUGUAAUCAGAGGCUUGUCGUCACUCGCGACACAUGAGCCAAGCCGUCACUUUACUGCCGUGUUUCAGGAUGAGUAAAUCUAGCUGUAAAAUGUUUGUCCCAAUCACAUCUCUGUCUCUCAAGUCAUUGUGUUUCCUCUGACUUAAAGUACUUCUUGUUAAGGAGAUGGUGUCCAUGUAGCUUAAAACCUCUAGGAAGCCUGUCUUCGCUUACAAACUUGCUGACAUGAAUUAUUCCUGUCACCUGUUAAAUCUCUUACUUCUAAGCAUCUCGACGCCAAGAUUAUCUCUGGUCAAAUGCGAGUCUAUAGAUAAACACGAUAGGAUUUUAAUAGCUGUAGUAAAAUUUUCUUUUGUUUCCAAGCCCAUCUUCAGAUUUAUUGUCAAAAAAAACUGGGUGGAGGUUUUCGCAGAUCACACAUCACAUCACUUUGAGUGCUAAGAGACUUUCAUCUCAGCUCCUGGUGCCAAGACGUUUUUCAAAAAUAAGGGGACCCGACUUGGGAGUCUCAUUCUUGGCCUGUAGAGCUGACCAGCCUUUCCUCCUCUGUAGUGCCCUGCCACUUUAAAAGAACAGGUACCUCAAUGCUCCGUCAGUUUGCACUCCUCCUGUGUAAAGUGCACCUAUUAUGCCAGCAGCUGCAGGACCAUACUUUAUUGAAAUUAUGUGCAUAAACAUUUGUAAACAGUGUUUAAAACAACAAAUGUGAUGUUUGUUAAAGAAAAUGGGCAUUUUUGAAUAUUUGAUAUUUUUUGCACAUUUUAUUUGGUAUUGUAAAUGAUAACUUGUUAGUUGAUCUUAAUCACAUCCAAUAAAUUGCGAAGGUUUAA